GCUGGACUGUGUGGGAGGGAACACACGGAGAGAACACGGGAGCGAAAUAUUGUACCGCCCUGCUCCACACCUCUCCAGUCAUAUCUGUUAGAAAUCACUCCCUACCGUCUUAAGAACAAAACUAGAAAAGAUGUUAACUUCAAACUACACGCGUGAAUCAAACGCCCACCAAGGCGUCACGCUUUUAAGAAAUUUGAUUUCUGGAGAAAUUUGUACUGGCGACUGAAAAAAAUCAAAGUUGCGUUUGUUCAAUCAGCUGGCUUCUAUGUUGACGCUGUAGAACAGUAAGAGAGUAAGCGUAUGAAUUACUCGAUUCAGGGAGAGGGCUCGAUUGAAACAGCGCAGUUUAGAGAAGAUAUUUUGGCUUCGACCGUCUCAAGUUUAGGAGCUAAAGUCUGCAGUCAUGCCAAUGUACGCUCGGUUUCAGGUAUGCGCGCGCUUUCCUUAUAAGGAGAUGAUUGAUAGGAUAGCGUACAGGUGCCAAGAAGGAAGCCAUUCAUCUGCACACAACACUGCGCACGCGAUCGGCGCAUCGCUGAUGCCCUUCUCUACUCUAUUGUUUGAAUUGUUUUCGUUGAACGCGCUAACGACCUGCUGAAGCAAAAUAUUGUGACUUGAAAAAGCUUUCGAGAAGAUGAUCUCGCAGUAGAGACGGGAAUAAUCGUCGAAUUUCUGGAAUUAUUUCUUGUGCGCGGCUUGUCUGAUGGGUUAGAGAGCCAUGGAGGAAGUGUUAUCUAACUUAGCUCACGAUGCCACGUCAAGUAAAGCAAAGAACCUACGAGACGCGUGUAUUUCAGCGACGGACGGACUCUUCAUCAGUCGAAAUGGAACGCGAAAAGUCCAGCCCCACGAGCUGAGGGAAAAGUGCUUCCUACCGCUGAAACUGGCCUUGGAGUCUCGAUCAAGCAAGCUGUCGCUUCAUGCUGUAAACGGCCUUCAGAAGUUAAUUUCCGAUGAUCGAUUUCGCUCGGAGAAUGAAGAAGACGCAGAAAGUCAACUUCCGGUUCAGUUUCUUGCCACAGUAGCGUCCACUCCCUCUCUGGCAGAUGAAGUACAGGUCGAAGUUAUGAAGCUGCUGCUUAUCAUUACGUGUUCUGCGUCUUGUGAAGUUCACGGUGAAUAUCUCAUCAAACUUGCUGAGAUAUGCAUCGAGACGUACACGCGUGCUCAUCAGGUCGCUACCAAGACAGCGUGCAGAGCCACCUUAACACAGAUGCUUAGUUCAGUGUGUCAUCGUCUGCAGGACAGUCUGGCAAGUCCCAUGGUAAGAUUGACGUCAUUGUCUCCGCCGGAGUCUAGGACUUUUGAGAUAAUGGCUGUGCACGUGCAUUAUANAAAAUCUUCAACGGACUCCAAGAUAGUGAAACACACGAAUCUGCUCUCUACCGACCAUGCCAAGUUGUUGAGUCAAGACGUGGUGCUGUUACUGAAGCAUUUCUGCUUCCGACUCACCGCGGGACCAAGUGUGCCGGUGCAAAGCGGCCAGGCCAUCCCAUUGUACCUUGAGGCCAUCUUAGUGAUGCUUAGCAGCCUGUCGACAGCCUUACAACAGGAGAAAGAGUUUAUAAACGUCAUCUGGCAACUUCUGUGUCCGGCGCUCAUUCAGUUGCUAGGCAGCCCCUUGAAUGAUCUAAACAAACGACCUAAAACCGUCUCUCCAUUCCCUGAAGAAAUCAACCGAGGGGGACGUGGAACAGGGAACUUUGCUAAAUCGUCCUCGAUUGUGGGUCCUAUACCACGGACCAUUUACAACAUAGCCACGGAGCUCCUGCGACUUGUGGGCCCCUUGGCGGCCAUGAGGCCAGUGUUAGAAUCACUGUUCCAUCGGAUUAUUUUGUAUCCUCCAGCGCAGCAGAGAGCGGAGGCAUUGAAAGCGUUAAAAGAGUUCCUGUCCAGUCCGCAGCGGCUGUUGGAUGCCGCAGGUCCAACGAUCAUUGACAAGGACAAUCCCCCAUCACCAGACUCUCCAACCGAGCAGAAGAAAUCUGAAUUGGAUUUACUGCGACUUUUGAUGGAUGGUAUUGUGGAAUCUGCCCGUUGCGCCGACAGUACUGUGGCCAGCUGUAGUGUAGCAUGCGUGGUAGCGUUGCUUGGGUCCUUAGAAGACUUAAGUCAAGGACGAGGCUUGAGCGAUGAACACAUCGAAUUCCUGAGCAAAAUGAAAGAAACUGAUAACUGGGACACGCUCAAAGAACAAUACGACAACGCUGCUUCUGCUCGAGAAUCGGGAAACUCUGUUAACGGUAGGAUGAAUGGAGAGGGAAGCAGUUAUAGAGGAGGAAACCGGUGGGAAUUGAAUUCCCAGGGAUCCCCCGAUGGAGAUAUUGAGUCUCUGACCGAGCGAUUUGAGAAGGAUGGAGGAGCCUGGGACAAUCUUACAGAUGGCGAAAUAAUGAGAAAUGAUGUUUCAGAGGACGAACCUGAAAUCAGGCCUCUUAUACCGAAGAGCGUACACUUCGCCUCAGAAGACGAGAUAGCAAUGUUUGAAAUACACGAAACCGAAAACAUCAAAAACUCCCGCCUCAACAAUGCACCGCGGUCCGGGACUCCACGCAAGAGCAGCCUUCCGAGAAGAGUUGGCACCAGUCCUCACGGCAAUGCGCGGACAACAGUCAAACGAUCUUCAUCACUUGAUGGCAAAACAAGGCAGAAACCGACAGUUCAAAAACGUACCAUGAAUGGGCAUGCGCAUCAGCGAGAGCGCGCAGGGUCAGACAGUGGUGCAUUGUCUGAAAGAAAAGCGAACUUUUUAGCAUCGCUAUCGCAAAGCGGCUCUAAGACGCAGAGCAAGUUCGGAUUGCGAAGGUCUUAUUCUGACAAUGAUCUUUCGAUUAGGAAAGGUUCCUCGCCUAGUCUGCAACGUUUUCCGUUGAAAAAAUCUAAUUCUUGGGCGUCGCUUAUAACUGAAAACCACGAAGCACCUUCGGCUGAUAGCGAUAAAAAGAGAGGAGGUCAACCAAAACGUAGCAGAGGAGGAAUUCCCAAGCCUCAAGCGCAUUCAUCAAGUGAUUUAUCGUUCAAUCCGAAACCCGGAUUAAGACGGUGGCCGAAUGAUGGGAAAAUAGUCGAACCUAUGAACAGAAAACCUGCGGAACAAGCUUCGCCAACGCACAGGAAAUACGUCGAGUCCAAAGCAAAUAAAAUCGAAGCUAGAGAAAAGGCUUUGAGGGAGGAAAAGGAAAAAGACCGAUCGCCAACGAAAGGCCCCCGAGGGACUCUUCGGAGAACUCGUUCGGCUUCGGAAUACGAUCGUAAACAACAAAACGGCAACGGUGAUAAACCAAAAGGAAUUCUGCUUAAAAGCCAGAGUUUGGACGAGCCUGAUGCUAAGGGAGCAGCGAGCAUGCCGAGGAAAAAUUCGUCGCAGGGCGUGAAAAUAAACGGUGUUUUUGUGAACAAAGGCAAAGAAAACGCUUCAGGCAAAUCACCAGACAAAAAGAAAGUAAAGGACGUCAAAAAGAGUGUCGAGGAAAACGAGAAAGAAGGCGCUAGAAACUUUGCACGCUGUUUACUUGGCAUUCUUCCAUCAGUACUGAGCCUCUCUGAUCCAGUGGCUGUUGACGAAGCUCUGCAGCAGUUCGCUUCUGACGUCUGUGAAGCGGUCACAUGCAUGGCACUCAAGCGCAAAAACGUUCCAAACUUCGGAACACUUCGGGGACGGUCGGAUUUGGUCGAUGAGAAGUCGGGCGAAGGAGCGAUGUCGGACCCGAGCUUCCCUAUUCUUAAUGCGGAUGGUGUGUACGUCACUGUGUACGCUACUAUGACGCUGAAUUUGAAGUUACUGAAGAGUGGAUACUAUCAGAAGAAAACAGCCACGCCCGCACUAGCACAGGAGGACUUCAUUAGUGCCAUUCUCAACAGUGGCGUUCCCAUUGGUCUGUCCUCCGUCUGGCUGGGUGAGCUGUACCGCCUUGUCACCACCUAUAACAUUUUAGGAAAGGCCGGCUACACACUGGACUCACCAUUGACCAACCGGGCCCUGAUCAACACACUCAACGACAACAUGCUUUCCGAGGAAGACGACAGCCCUUUCCUUCACCACAGGAACCCCAGCACGCUGCCGCCAGCUAAGAGAGAGGGGAUGAAGUUUGCAAGGAGGGUGCUGCUUACCACGUGGGAUUCAGUGUUAGAGAUUCUGUCAGCUCCUCUGGAGACUUCCAUCUCAGGUACUUCGAAUAACGUUGCUGCAAUGCUGGGGGGAGAAUCCAAGAGAGAUCACAAUCGCGAACGUGACACCAUCUGCCUCAGUCUGGAUGGUCUGCGACGAGCAGCCCGCUUGUGUUGCACACUGGGAAUUCAAACCCGCUGUGAACUGGUUCUAGCCCAGUUAGCAAGUGCUUCUUGUGGGGGAGAGGGUCUGGAAGGAAAGAGAACCAGGUCCCACUCCUCACCAAGCUUCAUCAAGCUUCACGCUGCGCAUGUCCUAAGUAUGGAUGGACUGCUGGCCGUUGGAGUGGAACUCGGAAGUCACGCACCAAAAUGCUGGAAACACGUAUUCAGAUGCUGUACGUACAUAUCGCAGCUGGAACGUGUGCAUUUCAGUAGCGGUGUAGGAGACUUGUCGUCACACGUGACACCGCCGAGCUCUUUCCGCAUAAACUCCGACAUUCCUUCACCAAUGUCGGAAUCUUCCAGCAUCUCUGAUUACCUUUCUGGCGAACUCUCUCCGAAUGGUACCGGCGUUGUCCGACAAAAUUCCGAAAAUGGCUCGGACCAUGCGCCAUCCAACGGCGGACUGUUGACCCCAGCCGAUGCCUCCCGCGCAAUUUACGCUCUUUCCGCCGCUGUAGAUCGUCUUUUCGAGCACGCCGCCAACACGCUUCACCUCGAGGGUCUUCUGUCGUUCCUUGAAGCCCUCGUCUACGCUUCCAAGACGCAGCUGUUUGGUUCCGUAGUUGACAAGAGUUCAAAUUCCCCUGGAGGAGGAGUUCCUGCAAGCUCCAAUGGUCAGACGCCAUCUUUUAGCACAACACUUCAUUUGUACCGACUAGCGGAUGUGAUACUGAGGAGCGCCCGCAAUACCAACAGACCGUUAUUGCAUCUAAUGAGAGCAUGGGCAGUUAUAGCGCCCCAUUUUGUAGAGGCUGCGUCUCACAAAGACAGGCACAUAUCCAAACUAGCAAUCACGUCCCUUCACGAUAUCAUGACAGAGCUCCUGAGCAACCGCAGCGAGCUCCCUCACUUUUGGUUCCACGAGGCGCUGUUUAAACCGUUUGACGGCAUCUUGUCUUCACCAUCUUGCAGUGAAGACGAUCAAGAACAGAUACUGACAACGCUUUGCCAACUGGUAGAAACCCAUUUAAGUAGCAUCAAGUCUGGCUGGAGACCUGUAUUCUCCGCACUGAGAAACAUGCCAGUGGUUUCUCGCAAGCUUACGGACGGGGUAGAACAAGACCGUAGACCUCAUCAGAUACUUGACAUUCUCUCGGCUUUUCUCACGAACAAGAAUUCGUCGGUGUUCGCAUCUGCCGCCGUGCAGUGCAUCCAGACCCUUCUCAUGUUCGUACGUGGCUCGGGCGUCAACGACAACUACGAAAGCAGCCGAACUGAUUCCGAAAGCAACCCGAACAGUGACGUGGGAACAGUCAAUGAGAUGUGCCUACCGGCCUUAGAGUACCUGCUGAGCAUGUCGAAAAAGUUGGCAUCCAUCUACAUCAUGCCUUCGAGUUUGGUCUUUCAUGGAUCACAUGCUGUUCGUUUGGUGGAGCAUUCUUCCGAAUUUCCAGGUACCCCGAGUCCCACUUCAAGUCCCAUUAAACAAAGCGAAUCAACCAAUCGGAAAGCAAAAACCCAAAGCCCAACUAUGACGUCAGCAGCUUCGAUUGCGUCAAUCGAUGACACGGGAGUACUGCGCGUAUGGUUCCUUUUGCUGGAGGGGCUUACGAAGGUGGUCGCACAGUGUCCUUGCAAAUUUCAGCCCCAAACUUUAGAGGUCUUGUUCGAUAUUUUGCGCUCAAUUAUCACCGUGCCAGGCCCUAACUUCUCUAUCUACGUAGUCACCAAUCUCCUGCUGCCGAUGCUUGAGUCCUGGGUCGAGCGCGGUAACAGGGAUGGGAGCUACUGGGAAAGUACAGCGGGUAACUUUAAGCACGCAUGUGGGCUCGUAACUGAACUGGUUGUAGAAGAGCUGGGACAGUUCUUAAGCGUUCAAGGCGCGGCAGAGUGUGUUCCUGGAGUGAUCAAGCAAACCUUGGAUCUGCUGUUAGAAUGUGUCUCUCAACCUGUAGAAGGAAUAGCCAGACUUGGAUGUUCUUGUCUAAGGCACCUGUUACUCUCCGGAGGGCCUGUCUUCACAGAGGACCUAUGGCUCAUUGUCAGCGAGGGCCUCAGGGAGGCAGUACACACUACCCUAUCAAACCUUAGGGACAUGGUAGCGUGCUUCCAGCCGGGAUCAUUCAGUGUUUACGGCGACGAGGGCAUGACGGUCAGGGUUGUCGCGCGACGUGACGUCAUAACGGCCGAUAUGAUACGACUACAGCAAGUGGCGGAGCAGGUCUUUUUGCUGGACAGCCAAGUUGACAAGUCUUCCACUCACAAACAAGACACUCCUGGGCCUGCGAAUGAAGAAGAUGAUCAGCGGUCCUAUGUCUUCGUGUUGUCUUCGGUGGAAAACAAAGAGAAGCCAGAGAAUGCCGAUAGGGUUCCUUUGCGCGGUUUAUUGGUCAGUCUGCUAUCCCAUCAGCUCUUGCUACAGACUCUCGGCUCCAUUCUCCUCGACAAUGCAGACAGUGUCAUGGCGCAGAGUUCGAACCCAGGCAGCCCAGCCUCGUCUGUGGAAAACUUUAACAACGAAGGCUCUGAGGCUAAUCUCCCAGGUCUCCUUUCGUACCUGUCACCAGCUAACUUGUCAGUGUUGUUUGAUUGUCUGAUGGAGUCACACACUGUCGCGUACGAGUUCAAUGCUAGACCUGGUCUGCGGUCAUUGAUACAAAAGCUGGCGAAGUUGGACGCGCCUGCGAAUCUCCUGCGGCAGUCCACGACUGCGUUCACGUGCUACCUUCACACGCUGUUCCAGAUUUGCAGGCACAGUGGCGAACACUUCUCCAGUUCACACAUAAAGCGCAUUCUGACCGGGGACCGUGUAACCAACACCCAAGAGAAAGAAGACGAUGUCGUCAAAGAGGAAUCAGUCAACAGCCCCGCGCGCAGCCACAAUGACUUGCUCAAAGGCGAUCGCAACGUGGACUGGAUUGUGCGGCGACUAAAUGAAGCUUGUGAUCAGUUGAGCAGCGUAUACGUUCGUCUUUAUAAUCAAUACAAAAGUGAAGCGCAGGGGAACAUGUCGCACGAAGUUGAGCUGGAGAGAAGUUUCUCCUUGUCGUCUACGUCAUCUCCGGCUCGCGAUGUUUCAAACUGGGGCAACGGGUAUUCGGAAGAACCUUUGCAUUCUCCUCUCGCAAGAUGGAAACUCUCCGCUACGGAGAAAUUCCCGCGGGAUCCGAAAUCGAAACACUAUCAACAUCUCCUGGAGGAAGAUAUCCGCAUGAUAGAGUUUGAAAGACAAUUCUUAAAGAGAAAAGAAGACGAACUAUUUCAGGUUAACAUUUGGACAAAUCUAGUUAUAACCAUGCUUGAACUUCUUUUGAAUUUACCCACGCUGCAAUUCAAGGCCGUCCUGCCAGCGGUUUUUCCCGCGGUGACAUGCCUUAUUUCCACUGGUACUGAUACCAAAGUGAAGCAAUUAGUGUGCGAGGUCGUGCGAAGAGUGGGCUCCAUAUAUGGCAUUUUAGCUGCGUCUCACAAAGACAGGCACAUAUCCAAACUAGCAAUCACGUCCCUUCACGAUAUCAUGACAGAGCUCCUGAGCAACCGCAGCGAGCUCCCUCACUUUUGGUUCCACGAGGCGCUGUUUAAACCGUUUGACGGCAUCUUGUCUUCACCAUCUUGCAGUGAAGACGAUCAAGAACAGAUACUGACAACGCUUUGCCAACUGGUAGAAACCCAUUUAAGUAGCAUCAAGUCUGGCUGGAGACCUGUAUUCUCCGCACUGAGAAACAUGCCAGUGGUUUCUCGCAAGCUUACGGACGGGGUAGAACAAGACCGUAGACCUCAUCAGAUACUUGACAUUCUCUCGGCUUUUCUCACGAACAAGAAUUCGUCGGUGUUCGCAUCUGCCGCCGUGCAGUGCAUCCAGACCCUUCUCAUGUUCGUACGUGGCUCGGGCGUCAACGACAACUACGAAAGCAGCCGAACUGAUUCCGAAAGCAACCCGAACAGUGACGUGGGAACAGUCAAUGAGAUGUGCCUACCGGCCUUAGAGUACCUGCUGAGCAUGUCGAAAAAGUUGGCAUCCAUCUACAUCAUGCCUUCGAGUUUGGUCUUUCAUGGAUCACAUGCUGUUCGUUUGGUGGAGCAUUCUUCCGAAUUUCCAGGUACCCCGAGUCCCACUUCAAGUCCCAUUAAACAAAGCGAAUCAACCAAUCGGAAAGCAAAAACCCAAAGCCCAACUAUGACGUCAGCAGCUUCGAUUGCGUCAAUCGAUGACACGGGAGUACUGCGCGUAUGGUUCCUUUUGCUGGAGGGGCUUACGAAGGUGGUCGCACAGUGUCCUUGCAAAUUUCAGCCCCAAACUUUAGAGGUCUUGUUCGAUAUUUUGCGCUCAAUUAUCACCGUGCCAGGCCCUAACUUCUCUAUCUACGUAGUCACCAAUCUCCUGCUGCCGAUGCUUGAGUCCUGGGUCGAGCGCGGUAACAGGGAUGGGAGCUACUGGGAAAGUACAGCGGGUAACUUUAAGCACGCAUGUGGGCUCGUAACUGAACUGGUUGUAGAAGAGCUGGGACAGUUCUUAAGCGUUCAAGGCGCGGCAGAGUGUGUUCCUGGAAUGAUCAAGCAAACCUUGGAUCUGCUGUUAGAAUGUGUCUCUCAACCUGUAGAAGGAAUAGCCAGACUUGGAUGUUCUUGUCUAAGGCACCUGUUACUCUCCGGAGGGCCUGUCUUCACAGAGGACCUAUGGCUCAUUGUCAGCGAGGGCCUCAGGGAGGCAGUACACACUACCCUAUCAAACCUUAGGGACAUGGUAGCGUGCUUCCAGCCGGGAUCAUUCAGUGUUUACGGCGACGAGGGCAUGACGGUCAGGGUUGUCGCGCGACGUGACGUCAUAACGGCCGAUAUGAUACGACUACAGCAAGUGGCGGAGCAGGUCUUUUUGCUGGACAGCCAAGUUGACAAGUCUUCCACUCACAAACAAGACACUCCUGGGCCUGCGAAUGAAGAAGAUGAUCAGCGGUCCUAUGUCUUCGUGUUGUCUUCGAUGGAAAACAAAGAGAAGCCAGAGAAUGCCGAUAGGGUUCCUUUGCGCGGUUUAUUGGUCAGUCUGCUAUCCCAUCAGCUCUUGCUACAGACUCUCGGCUCCAUUCUCCUCGACAAUGCAGACAGUGUCAUGGCGCAGAGUUCGAACCCAGGCAGCCCAGCCUCGUCUGUGGAAAACUUUAACAACGAAGGCUCUGAGGCUAAUCUCCCAGGUCUCCUUUCGUACCUGUCACCAGCUAACUUGUCAGUGUUGUUUGAUUGUCUGAUGGAGUCACACACUGUCGCGUACGAGUUCAAUGCUAGACCUGGUCUGCGGUCAUUGAUACAAAAGCUGGCGAAGUUGGACGCGCCUGCGAAUCUCCUGCGGCAGUCCACGACUGCGUUCACGUGCUACCUUCACACGCUGUUCCAGAUUUGCAGGCACAGUGGCGAACACUUCUCCAGUUCACACAUAAAGCGCAUUCUGACCGGGGACCGUGUAACCAACACCCAAGAGAAAGAAGACGAUGUCGUCAAAGAGGAAUCAGUCAACAGCCCCGCGCGCAGCCACAAUGACUUGCUCAAAGGCGAUCGCAACGUGGACUGGAUUGUGCGGCGACUAAAUGAAGCUUGUGAUCAGUUGAGCAGCGUAUACGUUCGUCUUUAUAAUCAAUACAAAAGUGAAGCGCAGGGGAACAUGUCGCACGAAGUUGAGCUGGAGAGAAGUUUCUCCUUGUCGUCUACGUCAUCUCCGGCUCGCGAUGUUUCAAACUGGGGCAACGGGUAUUCGGAAGAACCUUUGCAUUCUCCUCUCGCAAGAUGGAAACUCUCCGCUACGGAGAAAUUCCCGCGGGAUCCGAAAUCGAAACACUAUCAACAUCUCCUGGAGGAAGAUAUCCGCAUGAUAGAGUUUGAAAGACAAUUCUUAAAGAGAAAAGAAGACGAACUAUUUCAGGUUAACAUUUGGACAAAUCUAGUUAUAACCAUGCUUGAACUUCUUUUGAAUUUACCCACGCUGCAAUUCAAGGCCGUCCUGCCAGCGGUUUUUCCCGCGGUGACAUGCCUUAUUUCCACUGGUACUGAUACCAAAGUGAAGCAAUUAGUGUGCGAGGUCGUGCGAAGAGUGGGCUCCAUAUAUGGCAUUUUAUAACAAUUAGCGGGGAAAUCAUAAUUUGAGAAUAUUUCCUCAGAGGGUAAGAAAUUCAGGAGAAUUGUGAGUCGGUAUGAGAGAGGAUCUCGACAUGAUCUGAAAAAUGGUUUUUAAAGAUUCAUUGAAUUAGUGCUAAAGCUAUGUUAAAUUCUCCAGAAUGAACUUGCAGUGGAAGCAAUGAGGAGAAUUACUCAACUACAAACGAGAAUGGCUUGUAUUAGCCUUAAUUGCAAGCUAUUCCCACUUUCACUAUGGAAACACGAAUAGAUAUUGUUUUAUCACUUUAUUUCAACUUUAGAAAACUGAUGCAAACUUUUUUACAUAAAACUAAGUAUAUGAUACGAAUUUUUGCAGAGCCCUCCUUUUGCUUGAGAGAAAACUCGACGAGAACAUUUCGCAGCCGAGUUGACUUUCGCUCAUAAAAAACGAAGGCGUGUAGCUCAUUGUAAAAGUAACUUGUAUUGUAAUGUAGUAGUACGGCGCAUGCUCACGUCACAACUUUCGGAGUGAUUCACGAAUACUUGCACUAGUCUGUGAUUGGGUAAAGAGAAUCGGAAAGUCUACGAUUUCGGCGAUAUUUCGACGAGUUUUCCGAAUUUCAGUUAAGUCUUAGUGAAAUAACAGUAGUUUCUUGGAAGGCGUAUACCAAGCCAACCCCUACCCGCCCAAUUACGAAAGAGGAAAAUCCAUUUGGUGUAUUAGUUAGUGUUGUUCCGACGGCCAUGUUAGAAAGCAGGAUCUUUAAAAUUUUAAGAGGACGGGAAUAGGACCACUCUCACGGGUUUUAUAAACUAUUAACCUGAUUUAAUCGUACUAAUAUGACGGUAUAACAGGGCAAAUUUGAGAGACUGUAUAUCGUUUCAUUUCAGUAGCUCGAAGAAUGUGAUACCGGGAUACUCGGGAAUACAUUUACAAUGUAAAAAUACCUAUUAUCAUAAUUUAAGACAGAAUUAUAAAUUUACAUUGUGAAGGGAAGGGUUUUUUAGGCAAGCUAUUGCACUGUCUAAAUUGAAUUAAAUGUAGAAAGAGAACACUAUAAAUAUGGUUUUGUAUUUGACGCAUUUAACUGACCAGUUAUGUAGUAGAACAUCGAGAAAUAAAGGUUUAUUAGGUUAAACUCUA